GCGCACAACACUCCAGCCGCUGUGACCUCCCCUCCUCGCUUACAGCACUCCUGUGGCCGUCCUCUCCUCGACACCCCUCACCCCAGGUAGCUACUAGAUUCCCGGAGUACCUCGGCAGCGGUGUGGGAAGGAGGACCAAAUCAGUGCAGCUUCUAUUCAGAAUCAGCCAUAUCGAGUGCUUGAUUUUUGGCUUGUCCAGUAGCUCGUCAUAUUCUACCCCAAGCCUCUGUGGCAGCAGCAGCAAGGAAGUUAGAAGCAUGGAGCCCGAAGAGAACCCCAACCGUCCGCCAUCACGGCUAGACUGCAUAAAGUACUUGAAAGCACUAUCGUCCUGCUACUCGCCAUUCCACCAGAUGCAGAACUAUUACCGCCACGGGGUUUUUGACAACUGCUCCAGCAAGUUGCGCGAUCUCGUCGACUGUCUCACGCUCAGGACGAAGUCGAGGGCGGAGGUAGAGGAGAUGCUCAUGGCCCGGGAGAAGGCCAGGCCGCACUUCUGGACCUACCGGACUGUCGACGAGGCAUCAGCGAACUGGUGGAAGAUGUACAAGCACAGGGUGAUGAUGUCGUCCCCACUAUCUGCUGAAGCGAAGAAGCGUUGAUUGUGCUUUUGGUGCACUGUGCUUAUGACCACCAAUCUUUGUCCAAACUUGAAUGUACGCUGGCAGGGUAAAUAAUUGGAACCUUGGAUGGAAGGAUACCUUAAUCAUGUUCUGUACAGCAUGGCAGGCAACUGAACGGUGGUUCUUAUGCUAUUUUUUGCACCAGCUAUGAUGUUAGCUUUCUGCCUAGUUGCUUAUUAUCAGGCAUAAAUGUUUUUGGUUUGUGCUGUGGUGUGUUCUCAUUAAUUUUUAAGUGCAGACCAGUUAAUUUCA